AUGUCUAAAGUGGUCACUAACAAGGAGAAGAAAUCCUUCAGCAAGAAGCUGUUCCGGAGGAGCUCGGUCCGCUCGGUGGGCAGCUUCAUGAACAGAGUUCUCCGGACUCUCUCCACCUUGUCUCAUUUUAGUACGGACGAGCAGGCGGCCCGCGACGACAAGGACGACGCCUCGUUGGUCCCCACCACCACAGGUGGCUCGCUCCAGUCGGACGACAGCGACUGCGGGGGGUUCCCCUUCGGCGACAAGGUUCCGGGCGUGGCCGGGCUGAAGAACCACGGCAACACCUGCUUCAUGAACGCCAUCCUCCAGUGCCUAAGCAACACCGAGCUCUUUGCAGAGUACCUGGCCCUGGAGCAGUUCCGGGGCCAGGGAGGAGGUGCAGGACCCGAGGCCGGCGGUGGCGCCGAUCCCAAGGCGACUAAGUCCAACGGGGUCCUGGUGCAGAAGAAGUCCAGCCAGCAGCAGCGGGAGGAAUCCGGGGAGGUGACCGAGCAGCUGUCCGGCCUGGUUCGAGCGCUGUGGACCUUUGAGUACACGCCCCAACACAGCAGAGAUUUUAAGAACGUGGUGUCAAAGAGCGCCCUUCAGUUCAAGGGCAACUCCCAACACGACGCCCAGGAAUUCCUCCUGUGGCUGCUGGAUCGAGUUCACGAGGACCUCAACAACAUCAUCCGUCCUGACGUCAGGCCCCCCAGGACGCCUCCAGCGGAGAACGAAAACACUCCAGGAGAAUCUGCCCUUCCGGUGCCUGGCUCUUUUGUGCAAGAGCUUUUCCAGGCACAAUACAGAUCCUCCCUGACUUGCCCUCACUGCCAGAAACAGAGCAACACCUUUGAUCCUUUUCUCUGCAUCUCACUGCCAAUCCCUGUACCUCACACGCGGCCCUUGUACGUGACGGUGGUGUACCAGGGCAAGUGCUCCCACUGUAUGAGGGUCGGGGUGGCCGUGCCUCUGUCGGGCACCGUGUCCAGGCUCAGACAAGCCGUGGCCCAGGAGACUAAAAUCCCGGCGCAGCAGAUCGUCCUCACCGAGAUGUACUACGACGGCUUCCAUCGCUCCUUCUGCGAUGACGACGACGACCUGGAGAUCAUUCAGGAGAGCGAUUCUAUUUUUGCCUUCGAGACCCCCGAGCUCUUCAGGCCCGAUCAGAUCCGCUCCAAGCGAGCCGGGAGUCCACAUGCCAAUCUCAACCAGAACAACUUGAAAUUCGGCACGGAUAACAAUCGGUUGUCCCCGCAAAUCCAGGAGGCCGGCACGCCGCCUCUCAGCCCCAAUAAGAACACGGGGCAGGACGAGAAGGUGGUGCUGUUGGUGUGCAACCGAGCCUGCGCCGGUCAGCAAGGACGCAGGUUUGGGAAUCCUUUUAUUCUCUACCUGGAGCGUACUGUCACAUGGGAUGUACUCCAGAAGGAAAUUCUGGAGAAGAUGCGUCAUCUCUUGCGCCCGGGCGCCGUCGUGCAGGUGGGGCCCUUCACGUUACGUGUGGUGGGCGUCGUCGGGAUCACGUAUCUCCUGCCUCAGGAGGAGCAACCGCUCUGCCAUCCUUCUGUGGAGAGAGCUUACAAGUCCUGCGGCCCGGGUGGGCCACCUCACGUCAAAAUUGUUGUGGAAUGGGACAAGGAGACAAAAGAUUAUCUGUUUAAAAGAACAGAGGACGAAUACAUCCCCGAUGCUGAGAGUGUUCGUCAAGUGAAGGAGCAGCACUUGCAGCCUCAGAGCUGCUCGCUGGCUCAAUGCUUCCAGCUCUACACCAAAGAGGAGCAGCUGGCUCCUGAUGACGCCUGGCGCUGUCCACACUGUAAGCAGCUUCAGCAAGGCAGCAUCAAGCUCAGUUUGUGGACGCUGCCCGACAUCCUCAUUCUUCACCUCAAACGCUUUCGACAGGACGGGGAUCGGCGCAUGAAAAUGCAGAACAUGGUCAAGUUCCCGCUAACGGGUAUGGACAUGGCGCCGCACAUGGUGAAGAGGAGCCAGAGUAGCUGGAGUCUACCCUCGCACUGGUCGCCAUGGAGACGGCCUUACGGCUUGGGUCGGGAUCCCGAGGAUUAUCUUUACGAUCUGUACGCCGUCUGCAACCAUCAUGGGACCAUGCAGGGAGGACAUUACACAGCUCAGUGCAAGAACUCCAUUGACGGGCAGUGGUAUUGCUUCGACGAUAGCGACGUUCACCCGAUAUCAGAAGAGGACGUCUGCAAGCAGACAGCUUACAUUUUGUUUUAUCAGAGACGGGCCACCAUCCCGUCUUGGUCUGCCAACAGUUCUGUGGGAGGAUCGACCAGUUCUUCCCUGUGUGAGCAUUGGAUCGGUCGUCUGAUGGGAAGCCGUCCACCGAGCCAAGCCUCGUCGGGUUCCUCCAGACGAACCUCGCUGGCCUCCCUCUCGGAAUCGGCCGAGUUUGCCGGCGAACGGAGCGAGGAUGACGGCCUAUCGAGCCGCCCCGUGGUGAGAGGCAUGCAAAGGCAGACCUUCUCCUCCAGAACGUCCAUCGCUAGUCCGCUCGUGCUCAGUGAGAACGGCCAGAAGCCUUCCUGGUGCUCUGCUAAACUUCAACUCCGUUCUAACUCCCCCUCCCGCUUCUCCCUGGAAUCCCACUCCUCUUCCCCGACGCUCGAAAUGAUAGGGGAGGUUGUCGAUACCAAUCUGUCGACGUCCUGCUUCAACGGUUCGCCAAAGCUCGGGGGUAAGUCCGCUCUCGCGGCGUCGGAUCACAAUCCCGGCAGUAAGCGGACGAUAGAACAGCUUCACCCCAAAGCUGCCUCACAGGCCGAGCCGAGGAUCUCCUCGCAGGCCGGGGAUAACAACAAUCUCGUCAGCGGCGCCGAACAAAUCAGUCCUCGACACGGGAGCGCCGACAAGGAACAGAAACAAAGAAGUUUGGCCACAGGUGGCAAACGGAGCUCGGCAAAAACUGGAGUGGAGAGCGAAAGGAGCCCCAAGAAGCGUCCCGCCGCUUCCUCGACGUCAUCCAGCUCGUUGUCUCCGGCGUCGCCUGCUGUCGUUAAGUCGCCGGCUCGAGCCCAGUCGAACGUUGCCGCGUCCAAUCCGAAGGACAAAACCGAUGGACCACCCAAAGUCAGUCGAGCCGGAUCCUCCAGAACAGCGACGCCUUCCAAAAGAGGCCCAGCCCAAACUCAAGAGGGGUUGCAUCCUGACUCCGCCCUACUGAGGCGGAGCGCUUCCCCGGGAAGUUCGCACCCUCAGAGAAGGACGGCCCCCAAAGGAGGCGGAGAUAAAAGCUCCGCCUCAGGAAGGACUAAAGGAGCCGACAGGAGAGCCAGCCGGGAUUCUUCACGCACCAACGCCGUGUCAGAGAAGAAGAUUAGCAACGGGGGGGCCUCCUCCAGGUCCGGUGCCGCUAGUCGAGCGGAGGGCAGGCCGGGUCGAGCCUUGGAGAACAGGACGGUGGCCCGAAGCUCAAGCAGUAGCUCCUCCAUGGCUAGUCUGCGAUCCUCCAGUGUCGUCCCCUCGUCGGCCGCCGUGUCCUCAAAAGCCCUUCGAAGGAACAGUAAGACCGAGGAAAAAGCUUUGUCCUUCUUCAAAACUGCCCUCCGGCCCAAAGACACCCGCAAGUCGACAGAUGGCGGGAAAGCCACAGACCCCAAAGGAAGUCUAGAAGACGGUGGCGGAGACGCAGCCACCAGGAAAGCCCAAAACGCGGCUUCGGAAGGCGCCGCGGCUAAGGAAAAGGAAUCGUCCAAAAGUUCCGCUGCGGCCAAACAUUCCCUCCUGCCCUCGUCGAAAUCCAAACUCUCGGAAACCACCAACCAGGCUUCUUCUGCUAAAGAACCUGCAAAGAAAGAACCUGUGAAAAAGACCAUGGCCUCCAGGAAAAUCCCCAUCAACUCCACUCAGUCAAGCCAGAGGUCCAAAUAAAAACCAUCAUCUUACUCUCCUUUUCUCGUGCAGCUCCGAAUGGACAUUUUUAGCCUCUGAGUGGUUUCCAGCUGCCAUUCCGGACACAUCUCGUCCACUUUUUUUGUCCUCGACUUAUUUCGGAAUGGGUUUUACCAAAGCGCUUUGUCGUGAUGAUUUCCAGGAACUGUACUGUACUGUACAUACAUAAGCAUGGGCCGCUCAUUUAGCCAAACAAUUGCCUGGUCGUGUCCGUUAUCUUAGCCGGCCGGUCUUUUAAGCCCGGUUUAAAAUUCAAAACGCCGGCGAACAAUACUCCAACUUUUUAGACGAUCGAGUCAGUUUGUCUUUUCUGGACUCUGAAACAAUUUCCCAAAACCUUUAGCUCGCCAAUUACCGAGAGCCAAAUGUCAAUAACAGUGCCUCAGAUCAGAUAAUCAUAGUAUUUAAUCGAAAUGAUAUAACUGCAAGUGUUGGUAAAUUUAUAAAUAUUUAUGAAGCAGCGAAUAUGUCAUUUCAAGUAACACGCACCUAUGUAACCUUAAUCACUGUUUACAUACACUCAAUGUCGUUAUCGUGCGAGGAGGAGACGAUGCGAGCAUGUUCUUCAAUGUACGUGUUUAUUUACCUGUAAAAACACAUCUUUUACUUGUGGCGCCCACUUGUGGCCUCGGGGCUCUCUGACUGCCACGCUGUCUCGGAACAUUCCUCUGAAAAGAACACAGGGUGUAUAAAGGCCAUACGCACGCGCACACAACACAACACGGCCAUUCGGUCUGCUUGCACAAUCGAAUGAGAUCGGAUUUUAUGUAUCGUGUUGGCAGGUGUUCCUAAUAUUUUGGGAGCUAAAAUAUGGCUAAAAGUAACAUUUGACACGAUUAUUUUUAAAAAAAAAUUGCACCAUGAUUCAGCGCUUGUUUUACACGGAUAGCUGUUUCUCCUAAUUGCGAUAAUCGACGAAUCGACAAUUCAUCGAUUAUCAAAGUCAUCGACAGAAUUUUAACAAUCGAGUUGCCGUUUCUCCUAAUUGCGAUUAAUCGGCAAUUCGUUGAUAACAAUGAAUCAUUUUAAUAAUUGCAGUUCCUCCCAAUUGCCAUGAAUCGACAAUCCAUCGAUUGUCAAAGUCAUCGACAACUAUUUUGGGUCAAUUUUAAACAGUCGAGCAUCUUUUUGCAUCCGGUCUAAUUGGCUUGUGCAGGUCUACCUAAUCUAGUG